GUCUACCAUUUUUAUUUUAGUUAAUAAAAUAUAUAUAUAUAUAUUUUCCUCUCCUUAUUUCGGUUGUGCGCGUACAUAAACUGCUAAAGAACUAUCCUUCUAACGUUGUCCGUGUGUAAAAGAGCCAGCUUGCUGCGAGAAACGACCAAUUUCCAACGCGAUUUUCCCAUUUCAUUUUUUUUUCCACCAUACAAAGUUUUUUUUUGUGAGUGAAGAUCCAACCUUGAGAAACACCCAGCACAGCAGUUCCAUCAGUUUUGCUUGCUCAAUUGCUCAUCUGUGAAGUCGUGCUCACGAAGAAACUAUAUUGUUGAGUCGGCGAGGCCUGCAAGGAGAACGCCUCCAUCAUGGACAAGAUGCGUAUACUGAAGGAAAGCCGCCCCGAAAUAAUUGUCGGUGGCAAAUAUCGGGUCAUACGCAAGAUAGGCAGCGGCUCUUUCGGUGACAUCUAUCUGGGCAUGAGCAUCCAGAGCGGCGAGGAGGUGGCCAUCAAAAUGGAGAGUGCCCAUGCCCGCCAUCCCCAGCUGUUGUACGAGGCCAAGCUGUACCGCAUUCUGAGCGGCGGCGUUGGCUUUCCACGCAUCCGCCACCACGGCAAGGAGAAGAACUUCAAUACGCUGGUGAUGGACCUGCUGGGCCCCUCGCUGGAGGAUCUGUUCAAUUUCUGUACGCGCCACUUCACCAUCAAGACGGUGCUGAUGCUGGUCGACCAGAUGAUCGGUCGCCUUGAAUAUAUCCAUCUCAAGUGCUUCAUCCAUCGCGACAUUAAGCCGGACAACUUCCUCAUGGGCAUCGGUCGCCAUUGCAACAAGCUCUUCCUGAUCGACUUUGGUCUGGCCAAGAAAUACCGAGACCCACACACGCGCCACCACAUCUUGUACAGGGAGGACAAGAAUUUGACGGGAACCGCCCGCUAUGCCUCGAUCAAUGCCCAUCUGGGCAUCGAGCAGUCUCGCCGCGACGACAUGGAGUCGCUCGGCUAUGUGAUGAUGUACUUUAAUCGCGGCGUCCUGCCCUGGCAGGGCAUGAAGGCCAACAACAAGCAGCAGAAGUAUGAGAAAAUUUCAGAGAAGAAAAUGUCAACGCCCAUCGAGGUGCUGUGCAAGGGUUCGCCGGCCGAGUUCUCCAUGUACUUGAACUAUUGUCGUAGCUUGCGUUUCGAGGAACAGCCGGACUACAUGUACCUACGUCAAUUGUUCCGCAUACUGUUUAGGACGCUGAACCAUCAGUAUGACUACAUCUACGACUGGACAAUGCUGAAGCAGAAGACCCACCAGGGUCAGGCGAAUCCUGCAAUACUCUUGGAGCAAUUGGACAAGGACAAGGAGAAGCAGAACGGCAAGCCGCUGAUCGCGGACUAGGGCGAUGGAUAAAAAUGCAAAAGGGGGGGAAACACAAAACAAAACAAAAAUCACACUAUAAGGGAAAUGAAAUGAAAC